CAAACAUCCGCAUUCAUAAAUCAUAAUACUCCAUUACAUAUACACGGCAUCUCGUUAGUCAGAAUUCACAAACAUUCCAUUAAGCCCACUGCCUACCUUUCUCUUCUCUUCCCAACCUCCCAUUUCCUUUCUCUCUCCUCCCCUUUCUCUUCUUUCUCUCUCCUCCUUCUCAUUGUAUAAUCUCGUACCAGACGUAAUUCAACAACAGAGAGAGAAAACUCAUUUCAAAUUCAUUAAUUCUUUUCUAAUUAAAUAAGAAAAUAAAUAAAAUAAAUAAAAAUGUCUGGAAGGAGGAGGAACAAUGUUCUCCUUUAUCUCUCUCUCCUUUCUUUCUUCACCGUCGUCUCAAACGCUGCGUUUAAUCGCCCAACUAUCUCCUUUGACGAAGGCUACUCUCCUCUUUUUGCUGAUUUCAAUAUUAAAAAAUCCGACGAUGGCCGCAGCGCAAACCUCAUUCUCAACCGUUACGCCGGUUCAGGAUUCAUUUCAUCAAAAUAUUAUGACUAUGGAUUCUUCAGUGCAAAGAUAAAGUUGCCGGGUGAAUACACGGCUGGAGUUGUAGUAGCUUUUUAUACAACAAAUGGAGAUGUAUGGGAAAAAAGCCACGAUGAAUUGGACAUAGAAUUCUUGGGAAACUUGAAAGGAAAACCAUGGAGGUUUCAAACAAACAUGUAUGGAAAUGGAAGCACAAGUAGAGGAAGAGAAGAAAGAUAUAGACUAUGGUUUGAUCCCACCAAAGAUUUCCAUCAAUAUAGCAUCCUUUGGACUCGUACUAAUAUCAUAUUUUACGUAGACAACGUCCCAAUAAGAGAAAUUGUUCGCAACGAAGCAAUGGGCUCGGACUACCCAUCUAAGCCCAUGUCCCUCUACGCCACCAUAUGGGACGCCUCAAGCUGGGCCACCGCAGGCGGAAAAUACAGCGUCAAGUACGAAUUCGAGCCUUUCGUCUCAGAAUUCACCGACUUUGUGCUCGAGGGAUGUCCAGUAGACCCCCUCGAGCAAGUCCUCGACACGUCCUCUUCCUCUGAUUGCUCGGCCGAAAAGUUCGAGCUCGAAAACAAGGAGUACUCCAAAAUCACCCCAUCAGGGAGAAGAGCCAUGAAGUGGUUUAGGGAGAAGUACAUGUACUACUCUUACUGUUAUGACACAGUCCGUUAUCCGGUCCCACCACCGGAGUGUGUGAUCAUCCCGUCGGAAAAGGAGAGGUUUAAGGAGACUGGACGGCUCAGAUUUGGUUCCAUCCCUAAGAGGCAAAGAAGGCGGAGAGGCCGUGCAAGAAAGCAAAUAAAUAUUAAUGUGUCUAAUAAUGAAUUAGAAGCUAAUAUGUGAGUUUUUUUUAUUGUGGAGAUUGGAUAUAAUUGAUGUAAAUUAAGAAGAAAAAUAGGUAAUAUAUAUCUUUAUGUGGUUGAUUCUUUGUGGUUGUUUUUGGGUAUAUUGUAUUAAUAUUAUUAACAGUAUAAUUUAUAAAUGGCUAUAUAAAGGAUUGAUUACUACUCAUUACUAUGUGGAACCACAUCAUGUUUUUACACACAUAUAUAUACCAUAAAUCUUUUUAUUCGUU